UAAAUACUGAGAGAAAGCUGUUGACAUUGUAACAUUCAAUAUACAACUGCAAUGCCACCAGCUCCUGCUGCACCUUCUAAGGGGGCCAAGAAGGCUUCCAAGGCCAAAUCUUCUCGAGCUUCGGGUGAUAAGAAACGUAAGAGAAGGAGGAAGGAAAGUUAUUCCAUCUACAUCUACAAAGUAAUGAAACAAGUCCACCCCGACACUGGUAUUUCCAGCAAAGCUAUGUCUAUCAUGAACAGUUUUGUCAACGAUUUGUUCGAAAGAAUAGCUUCUGAAGCCAGCCGUUUGGCUCACUACAACAAACGUUCAACCAUCAGUAGCCGUGAGGUCCAGACUGCUGUCCGUCUGCUUCUCCCUGGCGAGUUGGCCAAACACGCCGUCUCUGAAGGUACCAAGGCUGUCACCAAAUACACCAGCAGCAAGUAGAUAAAACUAUUCUACUGUUAAUGUCUUUGACAACGGCCCUUUUCAGGGCCAUUUAACAUUUCAAAGUUAGUCGACUUGGUCUAAUUAUCAUUUAUAUGAGCUAAGCAAAGUCCGAAAAAUUUUAAAGCUAUUUGAACAUUCAUCUAUAUUUAUCUUUUUUUUUUCCAUUCCUGAAAUGUAAAAUAUUUGAAAUCAAUAAUCAUAACACUUUAUUCAUCUACAAUGAAUUCAGAUCAUUUUAAAUGUUUAUCUUUAACGUUGUAAUAAAAAACUAAAUCUAUCA